AUGCUGAUGGCAUUGCCCAGAUGCAGAGUUAUUUGUGCAGGACUUCAGAGAACGUUUCUGACAAAGUCAAACGUUAUCGUUCCAUUCUUCGCUCAAUCCUGUGCUCAGCCUUUACACAUACAAGUUGGAGACAAGGCUGAGCUAAGAAAGGCAUUUACACAGAAGGAUGUUUUUACCUUUUCUAACCUAACAGGGGACACAAACCCAUUGCAUCUUGAUGAAGAAUAUGCAAGGAGGACAAAAUUUGGGAGAACAGUUGUACAUGGUGUUUUGAUCAAUGGACUUAUAUCUGCGGUUCUGGGUACUAAAAUGCCUGGCUGUGGCUGUAUUUUUCUUUCUCAGGAAAUUAAUUUUCCAGCCCCCUUAUAUGUAGGAGAAGAGAUCGUGGCUUCAGCAGAAGUGAAGAAAUUAAAGAGAUGUUUUGCUUAUAUUUCAGUAUCAUGUACAGCUGUAGAAAGUGGCAAGACUGUUAUGGAGGGUACUGUUAAAGUCAUGGUGCCAGAUCAAAACACUCAAACCUGAGACCAUGGCACAUUGUAUUCUGUAACAGAGGAAACGAAUAGUGUGCAUAAGGAUACAUUUAAUGACUUUUAAAGAGCAAUGCUUAUUGCCAACUGUAUGUCAGUACUACACAAGGCAAUAGAAAAUGCAUCCUGUACUUAUCUAUAUUAGUAGAUAUUGUAUGUGUUCUUACUCCAUUUCAUAAAAUUUCUGAAACUCCAAA